AUACUCGAUUACGGACAGUCGAAUCCCUACGUUUUUUAAUCCUACGACCCAAACCCCAUGCCGACACAGAAAAGAGCAUAACGGAAACCAAACACUACAAAUACGUCUGAGCCGCUCCCAUUCCCAAUUCCGACGGUCCGAUCGAAGAUCUUCCCCCAAUUUCUGUUACAACCACACUACCGGUUAUUCUCCUUCUUCUUCUUCUUCUUCACAGUCUGUGAUUAAUAACUGUUCAUCUUAUAUAUUCAUUCACUUGUAUUCUAUCUAUAAUAGACACAUACCCACCCAUACGAAAAAGUGGUUUCACUGACAGACACUGUCGCUAGAGAUCAUCAUCAUUUUUUUCCUAGGUUUCUGCGAUAAUGGAGAAGAGAUCGACCAGGUCCAAAGACAGAGCGGACUUGCCCGGAAUCCUACGCAAAUCCUGGUACCGUCUUAGGUUGUCGGUGCGCCACCCUUCUAGGGUUCCGACCUGGGACGCCAUCGUCCUCACUGCGGCCAGUCCCGAACAAGCCGAGCUCUAUCAAUGGCAGCUCAGGCGAGCUAAGCGUAUGGGUCGGAUCGCUGCUUCUACCGUUACCCUCGCCGUCCCCGACCCGGAUGGUCAGCGGAUCGGCUCCGGCGCUGCCACUCUCAAUGCCAUUCAUGCCCUUGCACUCCAUUACCACCACCUCGACCUCGACCUCGACCUCGGUCUCGGUCUCCCGCAGGUGACAAAUGGAAAUGAUAGUGGAUUUGGAUCUUCUACAGUGCAUGCAAAGUCCGACAAUGAAUUUCCUCUCUUAUCAAUGGUUAGCUUCAUUGCCAAAAAGCAUAUACUAUUGCUUCAUGCGGGAGGUGACUCUAAAAGGGUCCCUUGGGCAAAUCCUAUGGGGAAAGUUUUUCUUCCACUUCCAUAUUUGGCAUCUGAUGACCCCGAUGGGCCAGUUCCCCUGCUUUUUGACCAUAUACUUGCAAUUUCUUCUUGUGCAAGACAAGCUUUUAAAAAUGAAGGUGGGCUAUUUAUCAUGACUGGAGAUGUUCUUCCAUGUUUUGAUGCCUCCACUAUGACUCUUCCAGAUACAUCCUGCAUCAUUACUGUUCCUAUUACUCUUGACAUUGCUUCUAAUCAUGGUGUUAUUGUGGCAUCUAAAACUGCAAUUUUGGAUGGAACUUCUUUGGCCAGUUUAGUUGAUGAUCUUCUUCAGAAACCUAGUGUAGAGGAGCUCAUGAAGCAUAAGGCAAUUCUAGAUGAUGGUAGAACAUUGCUCGACACAGGAAUAAUAGCAGUUAGAGGUAAAGCAUGGGAGGAUCUUGUUAUGCUUUCUUGUUCCAGCCAACCAAUGAUUUCAGAGCUUCUGAAGAGCAGAAAAGAG